UAUGAAAAGAAAAUCUACAUUUUUUAAAUAUGGAAAGCAUUAGAGCCCAGAUGAACUUAUUAAGCAUCUGAAUUAAUGUUCCCUAAAUCCUAAAUUUAUAGAAAAUAAGUCAACAGCUGAUGUGACGAAACAGAAUACUGUGGUUCUUAAUAAAAUUGAAUUAAGAAAGAGUAAAUCAAGAGAUUGUGAUCAAAGUUAAACAAUAAAUCGAUCACGUUUGUAAAGAGAAUACUUAAGAUUCUUGCUUACUACAGAUGGACCUUCAAGUGAAUUUUACUAGCUAGAAAAAAAAAAAUUAUAAAUCAAACUUUAAGAUAUAUAUGAAACAGCCUAACCUAAUAUUUGUUUGUCUAAAAUACUUGGAUAGUACUAAGAACUCGUAAAUCCAUUCUGA